CCACUCCAGUAUUCUUGCCUGGAGAAUCUCAUGGACGGAGGAGCCUGGUAGGCUGCAGUCCAUGGGGUCGCUAACGGUCGGACAUGACUGAGCGACUUCACUUUCACUUUUCACUUUCCUGCAUUGGAGAAGGAAAUGGCAACCCACUCCAGUGUUCUUGCCUGGAGAAUCCCAGGGACGGCAGAGCCUGGUGGGCUGCUUUCUAUGGGGUUGCACAGAGUCGGACAUGACUGAAGUGACUUAGCAGCAGCAGCAGCAGAUAUGCAGAUGAUACCAUUCUAAUGGCAGAAAGUGAAGAGGAACUAAAGAGCUUCUUGAUGAGGGUGAAAGAGGAGAAUGAAAAAAGCUGGCUUAAAGCUCACCAUUCAGAAAACUAAGAUCAUGGCAUCUGAUCCUACCGCUUCAUGGCAAGUAGAAGGGGAAAAAGUGGCAACAGUGACAGAUUUGAUUUUCUUAGGCUCCAAAAUCACUGCAAACAGUGACUGCAGCCAUGACACUAAAAGGUGUUUACUUGGAAGGAAAGCUUUGCUAACGAAGGUCCGUCUAGUCAAAGCUGUGGUUUUCCCAGUAGUCAUGUAUGGCUGUGAGAGUUGGACCAUAAAGAAAGCUGAGCACCAAAAAAUUGAUAAUUUUGAAUUGUGGUGCUGGAGCAGACUCUUGAGAGUCCCUUGGACUGCAUGGAGAUCAAACUAGUCAAUCCUAAAGAAAAUCAAUCCUGAAUAUUCACUGGAAGGACUGAUGUAGAAGCUCCGAUACUUUGGCCACUUGAAGCAAAAAGCCGACUCAUUAGAAAAGAUCCUGAUGCUGAGAAAGAUUGAAGAUAUGGUACUGGACAACAUGAUUGCCUCUGGCCAGUUGGACGAGUCCAUCAGAGAGAAUGUCAGAGAAGCCCUUCUAAAAAGGCAUCACCAUCAGAAUGAGAAGAGGUUCACCAGCCGGAUCCCCCUAGUUCGAUCUUUUGCAGACAUAGGGGAAGGCCUCUCAGCCUCCCGCCACUCUUUGCGAACAGGUCUGUCUGCCUCAAACCUUUCCUUGAGAGGAGAAUCACCUUUGUCUCUUCUUGUCAGUCAUCUUCUUCCUUCUUCAAGAGCCGGGACCCCUGCGGGCUCGAGGUGCGCAAGCCCCGCGCCCACCCCUCAGAGCAGCCCUCCUUCCAGCCCUAGCCUCAGCCGCCUCCACGCCAGACCUUCCCGGCCGAGGCAGCCUCAGGCCCCAGAGCUCCUGGUGUCCGCUGCCAGUGCCGAUAUUCCCACAGUAGUAAUCCAUCCGCCCGAGGAAGACGUAGAAGCGCUGCAAGGCCAGGAGCAGAAGAGUGAGGAGAAUGUUGACGUGACUGCAGGUAUUUUGGCCUCUCCACAGUCUGCACCGGGAAACUUGGACAAUAGUAAAAGUGGAGAAAUUAAAGGUAAUGGAAGUGGAGGAAGCAGAGAAAAUAGUACUGUUGACUUCAGCAAGGUUGAUAUGAAUUUCAUGAGAAAAAUUCCUUCAGGAGCUGAGGCAUCCAAUGUUCUGGUGGGAGAGGUGGAUUUUUUAGAAAGACCUAUAAUUGCAUUUGUGAGACUGGCUCCCGCUGUUCUUCUCUCAGGGCUAACCGAAGUCCCCGUCCCUACAAGGUUUUUGUUUCUGUUACUGGGGCCUGCAGGCAAGGCGCCACAGUAUCACGAAAUUGGAAGAUCAAUAGCCACCCUCAUGACAGAUGAGAUUUUUCAUGAUGUAGCUUAUAAAGCAAAAGACAGAAAUGACCUCUUAUCUGGAAUUGAUGAAUUUUUAGAUCAAGUGACCGUCCUACCUCCAGGAGAGUGGGACCCUUCCAUACGCAUAGAGCCACCAAAGAGUGUUCCAUCUCAGGAAAAGAGAAAGAUUCCUGUAUUUCCCAAUGGAUCUGCCCCCAGCUCGGGUGACACCCCGAAGGAGGCAGCGCACCACGCGGGGCCCGAGCUCCAGAGGACUGGACGGCUUUUUGGUGGUUUGAUACUUGACAUCAAAAGGAAAGCACCUUUUUUCUUGAGUGACUUCAAGGAUGCAUUAAGUCUGCAGUGCCUGGCCUCGAUUCUUUUCCUAUACUGUGCCUGUAUGUCUCCUGUAAUCACUUUUGGAGGGCUGCUUGGAGAAGCUACAGAAGGCAGAAUAAGUGCAAUAGAGUCUCUUUUUGGAGCAUCAUUAACUGGGAUUGCCUACUCGUUGUUUGCUGGGCAACCUCUCACAAUAUUGGGGAGCACAGGUCCAGUUUUAGUGUUUGAAAAAAUUUUAUUUAAAUUCUGCAGAGAUUACCACCUUUCCUAUCUGUCUCUGAGAACCAGUAUUGGUCUGUGGACCUCUUUCUUGUGCAUUGUUUUGGUUGCAACAGAUGCAAGCAGCCUGGUGUGCUACAUCACGCGGUUCACCGAGGAGGCUUUUGCAGCUCUCAUCUGCAUCAUAUUCAUCUACGAGGCUUUGGAGAAGCUUUUCCAUUUAGGAGAAACAUAUGCAUUUAAUAUGCACAACAAUUUGGAGGAACUGACCAGCUACUCAUGUGUGUGUGUUGAGCCUUCUAACCCUGGCAAUGAAACUCUGAAGAUGUGGGAGGAACAGAAUGUGACAGCCCGCGACAUUCCCUGGGGGAACCUCACUGUGUCUGAAUGUAAAAUCUACCAUGGUACAUUUGUAGGAUCAGCUUGUAGUCUCCAUGGACCUUAUAUUCCAGAUGUGCUCUUUUGGUCUGUCAUCUUAUUUUUCACAACAUUUUUUCUGUCUUCAUUCCUCAAGCAAUUUAAGACCAAGCGCUAUUUUCCUACCAAGGUGCGCUCGACAAUCAGUGACUUUGCUGUAUUUCUCACCAUAGUAAUAAUGGUUGUAAUUGACUACCUUGUAGGAGUUCCAUCUCCUAAACUUCAUGUUCCUGAAAAAUUCGAGCCUACUGAUAAAAAUAGGGGCUGGAUCAUAAGCCCGCUGGGAGAGAACCCUUGGUGGACCUUGUUAAUUGCGGCCAUUCCGGCUCUGCUAUGCACCAUUCUCAUCUUCAUGGAUCAGCAGAUCACGGCGGUGAUCAUCAACAGAAAGGAGCACAAGUUGAAGAAAGGAGCUGGCUACCACCUUGACCUGCUCGUGGUUGGUGUCAUGCUGGGAGUGUGCUCUGUCAUGGGACUUCCAUGGUUUGUGGCUGCAACGGUGUUGUCAAUAAGUCAUGUCAACAGCCUAAAAGUGGAAUCUGAAUGCUCUGCUCCUGGGGAGCAACCCAAGUUUUUGGGCAUUCGUGAACAGCGGGUGACAGGGCUAAUGAUUUUUAUUCUAAUGGGCCUGUCUGUGUUCAUGACUUCAGUACUAAAGUUCAUUCCAAUGCCUGUUCUAUAUGGCGUUUUCCUUUAUAUGGGAGUUUCCUCAUUAAAAGGAAUCCAGUUCUUUGACCGUAUUAAGCUGUUUGGCAUGCCGGCCAAGCACCAGCCCGACCUGAUCUACCUGCGUUACGUGCCGCUCUGGAAGGUGCACGUCUUCACCGUCGUCCAGCUCACCUGCCUGGUCCUCCUGUGGGUGAUAAAAGCCUCCGCUGCUGCAGUCGUUUUCCCCAUGAUGGUUCUUGCAUUAGUCUUUGUUCGCAAACUCAUGGAUCUAUGUUUCACAAAGAGAGAGCUUAGUUGGCUUGAUGAUCUCAUGCCAGAAAGUAAGAAAAAGAAAGAAGACGACAAAAAGAAAAAAGAGAAAGAGGAAGCUGAGCGAAUGCUCCAAGCUGGUGAAGACACUGUGCAUCUUCCAUUUGAAGGGGGAAGCCUCCUGCAGAUUCCAAUGAAGGCGCUAAAAUACAGUGUUGAUCCCUCAGUUGUUAACAUAUCAGAUGAAAUGGCCAAAACUGCACAGUGGAAGGCACUGUCCAUGAACACUGAGAAUGCCAAAGUACCCAGACCUAACACGAGCCCUGAAAAACCUGUAAGUGUGAAAAUAAAUUUUGAAGAUGAACCAAGAAAGAAAUACCUGGAUGCUGAAACUUCAUUAUAGAUUUGAACCAAGAGGAAUUAUAUAUAUAGAUAGAUUAGAUACAUAUACAUAUAUGUGUGUAUGUAUGUAUAAUGUGUGUGUUUCGUGUCACUAUAUAUAACAAUAUUGUAUGUCAUGCCCCUUAUGCGUGACUAACUGGGGUUUUUUUCUGAAGUAAUGUCUGAAGUUUGUUAGGAGCACCAUGGAGACUGUGUUUAUAAUGAAAUGGUCUCUUGGAAGUGAGGUACAUGGUUCUUAAUCAAAUAUUUAUUUUUCUGUUGGAAGUUUUUUUUCUGUUCUGCAGUAGAAAAAUGUGGGAAAAUGCAUUGUCUUUUCUUUUAAAAAAAUAAUCUUUAAAUCUAUUUAAAUCAGUGGCAGAUCCUACCAACCUUAAGUGAUAUGUGUUUUGUCCAUACUUUUACAUUUUUUCCUUGAGCUGCUAGGACUAGGUUUCCAUUCUGAUAAACAGGUAAAAUUGCAAGUGAUUUUAUAAUUUAACCCUCGUUCCAGUCAUUAGUUAAUGAAUUUUAAAAGCUAUAAAAUACCAGUUUAAACUAGUUAAACUCUGUUGCCUUUAUAGAAUAUUUUUCUGAAUCCUAAUACCCUUUUAGAGCCCCAUAUGCCCACUCUGUUCUCUACCUUUGCUGUCUUUUAUGUAAAAUGUGGUUUAGUUUGUAUCAGGCUCAAGUUCUUGAUUAUUUUUCUGUAAGUAUGAUUAAAUAAUCAGGAGUCAGAAUUCUCUUAAGUGGGUUAAUGAUCAGUAUUACUUUAUUAAGAAUUACCUUUCAUUUUCUCUUUACGUUGUUCUUUCUGUUGUAUAGGUAAUAUUUAAUAGAUUGUUAUCUGUGAUUUCAUUUUAAGAUAUUUAAUUUAUUUUAAUUGAUAUGAUGCUUAAAUGUUACAUAAACAUUUGAAAAGAUGACACAUAUAGAGUAAAUUUAAUGUAGAUAGUUGGUGCUCACUUGCAUUUAUGGUUUAUUAUCUGAAAGCAGUUGAUAGAUUUUACAUCUUUGAUAUAAAGCACUGCCAUAUUUGUAUUUUAAGAGAAAUUUAGACUUACUAUGUAUAUAGCUCAGAUUGAUGACAUUCUUCCUGGUUUGUGUUUGUGUGUUUUAUUUAGAUUUUGAUUUUCUGAGCUGUCUUUUUAACUUCUGGCAAAUCUUUUUAGUCAUCUUUUAUAUACUUUUUAGCUCCAUAUGAAAUAAAUGUUGUUCUUGUUAAGCCUGUAGGACUGGAUGAAUGGGGUUGUGAAACUGAUUUGGCAAAAGGAUGAUUUCUAAAAACCAAACAAGUAUUGAGAAGCCACUGAAAUACUGAAAGUAAUAACAGGAAUGUUAGGAUGAAAAUUUCAAUGAAAUUCCAAUGCUCUCUUUAAUCAGUUCUAAUCAAAGUACAAAAGUAUGAAGAAUUGAUCUUAUAGAAGAGCCUGAGCGAUGCCCAAAGCUGAUGUUUUAGCAAUUCUAGCAAUCCAUUCCAAACUACUUAACAUGAAAUUUCCACAUCUAAGACCAUGUUACCCAAUUCUAGUUAAAAUAAUGGAUUCACGGUCUGCCUCAUGGGAGGCUGGAAAUGUAACUAAUUUCCUUUAGAAAGUGUAGCUUUUGGCACUGCCUGAAGAAGAGAUGCAGUGGUACUUGGUGAGAGAGAGUUACCCAUGGUGCUUGUUACUGUUGUGAGCUUCCAGGGAAGUGAGUCCUUUUUGUUCAUAGCAGCAUAAUCCUUUCCAAAGACCCCAGUAUUCGCUGCUAUAAUUUUGUAACCUGACCUGAUUAACCUGAACAAGACGAUUUCCUCACAUCAUUUCCUUGGGUCUGGACGUCAUAGGGGUAAUAAAAUGUGCUUAUUUUACAGGAAGUAAUUUUAAAAUUUAAACUGAAAACUACUUGGGAUCAUAGUGUUUAUGUGAUUUUGUUUAAUUAUGAAAACUAGCUGUCCAGUGCCAGACAAACCAUGACUUGCAGAAUGCUUUGCACUCCAUGUUUUUACUGUUUUUAAUUGUAAAAUAGUUUCUGCUUUCUUUUGACUACUUGACUUACAAAAUGAUCUGAUAUGACUACUCCACUGAAAAGCAAAGCUAAUUCAUGUUUAAGCAAUAGCUUGUUUUAUGUGGCUAUGAUAUUUUCCCACUGUUUUUGGAAAAUGACCAUCAUGGAUAGCAUUCUUUGAAAGAUAGUGAAAACUAUAAUUUAAUACUUAUAUUGAUUUUUAAAUGCUGCCUUAAACGCAUAUAGAUGAGCAGUAGUGAUUGCUAUGUACUGAUUUACCUCAAGGUGCAAAAGUAUUAAUAAACCUGUGCAUAUUCCACUUAUAAAAUAAAUUCAUAGAAACAGCCCUGCACUUCCUCAGAUGCCUUGGUUUCCAGGACAGAGCUCAGAGCUGCUGAGUACCCGGGCUGCGGGGCCGCUCAGGACAUUCUUUCUUCCACCUGUUUUAUUUAUUAUAGACAUCGUUUACAGAGACUAAUAACCAUCCUCAUGUUGACCAUCUGAAAUUUAGUUUCUUUUGAAUGCUGUUUCACUCUAAAAUUGCAGCUUUGGGGAAGACAAUGAACUCUAGUUACUUCCUUGUGAUAAAAGGAUGAUGCUCUAUAUUCUCUAAUACUAGAUACACAAAGUGAGGUGCAUGAUCUGUCUAAUGGGUGUUGUAUAGUGUGAGUGUGCCUGUGUGCAUGAUAUGGUCAAUCAUAAAUCUCUCAAGUUGUUUUAAAAAGCUGUGGCAUAUCAUUGUUCAUAUUUGCCAAGUCUAUACAAUGUGUAGAACAAUUUUUUAUGUGCUAAUGCAUGUAUUUAUAAAGCAGAUUUCUUUACCACUCAAAAUUACUAACUUUUGUCUUAUUCAUCUAAAAAAACAUUUCUGUUUCUUCCACAUACCCAAAGUUUAUGUAUAUAUGUAAUAGCUUUAUAACCUUUUCCUUUCGCAAAAUGUAGGUUCAAAAUUCUGUAAAAAGAAAAAUGGUUUCUGAAACAGAGGUAUGACACCAGAGCUUGCCGUUUUUAUAGGAUUGUAUCAUGUACAACAGUUAUAUAAAUGUGCUCAACAGUGUAACAUGUGAAUCCUGUUUUAAAAUGCUCAGAUUUCAGAUGUAUAAGCCAUUGAUAUAACAUUGUAAUUCAAAAAUGUUUAAAUUAAAUAAUUUAAUGUUUUAAAUUUAUUUAUGUAGAUCACAUCAUUGUUAUCAUAUGCAAUAGAACUAUGUGAACUGUUUUUUGGUUUAGUCCAGCAACUAUUUAUUUUUUUAGAAAGUUAAAGACUUUAAGGACAUUCAAAAUUUUAAAUAGUGUUCAUAAUUCAGAACUUGGCAAUUUUAAUGUAAAGUUGGUUCUUUUCUAACUUCAAAAAGUAAUGUAAGUGUCAAUAGUUGGAAAUGGAAUCACCUAAAGAUCAUUUUUUAAAUUUAAUUUAAUUAGCAUAUAUUGACUUCUGCAGUUGACUUAGAGUAUUGUUAACAGUUGUUUUUUUAAUCAGAUUUUUGUGCAUUGAUUGAUUUUUGUGUUGUGGUUUUUCUUUUGUUACUUUCAUAUUAAAAGGUUUUUUUUUUGUUUUGUGGGGGGCGUUAUCUUCCAGUGUUUACUCCAUUUAAAUAAAUAGAAAUUGAAUUUUAUUGUUCAUUUAUACAGUAUUUGAUAGCUUCGUAUAAUAAGAACAGUACAGUUCUAAUUUUUAUGACUUUUAUAAUUAUCAAUACAGUGAUAUUUUCUAUUAUAAUAAAAUCCAAAGUAAAUUAAACAUUUAAAAUGUAGAACUGAUAUUUUUAAUCUAUAUGAAGUACAAGUAUCUACCAGUCUAUAAUGUGAAUGAUCCUGCUUUUCAAAUCUGUUUCAUAAUAUUAGAAGAAAACUAUUUUUUUGGAGAUGUUAUUGAAGUUGGAAGAGCAAUAAAAGUCUACUGAAUCAGUCACUGAA